AUGGCGUUCCCCUUCAACCCGAACCAGCUGUUAGGUGCUUCUCAAUCGCCGAGCACACCGAUCAAGGAUCGCCAGGACGUCGGGGAUACCGUUCGAUAUUUGGCGGCCAACGGGCCGCUGUUCCAGUUGCAGGGCCUCGGCGACGGUGAUAUGGGGAUGUUCGUGAACGGGAUGUACCCGGGUUACGGUAUGAAUGGGGAGAGGAGGAAGAACGCGACACGGGAGACGACAGCACCGCUGAAGGCAUGGCUGCACGAGCACAAGAAGAACCCGUAUCCGAGCAAGCAGGAGAAGGUCAUACUGGCCGUCGUCACCAAGAUGUCCAUGACACAGGUCUCGACCUGGUUCGCCAACGCCCGUCGCCGUCUGAAGAAGGAGCACAAGAAUGAGUGGGACCCACGGUGUCGCCCGUCUGAUGAGGAUGGACGGGAUGACGAUCAUGAUGAUGACCUCAACGAGAUUGACGUCAACGAGCGGCCAUCCAGCUCCACCUCCGAUAUCAGCAACUCGGAGAACCGGAAACGGCCGAAUGACUCCGAAUCGAACAACAACUCAAACCGCGACGCCCGCACCCCACAAUCCCCCAACCACGACGGUCCCACACCGAAAAAGUCGAAGAUCUGGAGCAUCGCCGAUAUUCAGGCCAAAAAAGAAGAUCCUGAGGUGGUUGAUGCUCGAGCGGCAGAGGAGCACGACGAUCAGGACGGCCCGGGAGCAUCAAGAAAGCCAAAACUCGAGCCGGAGAUGGGCAACCAGUUCGGGCCGAUGUACGCCUUCCAGCAGAUGAUGAUGCAGAUGAUGCAACGGGGAGCAGCAGCCGGGCCUCCAGCUCAAAUGAUGCCCCCACAGUUCGGCAGGCCGAUGCCCGGUCUGCCCGGCUUCCCGCUGCUGAACCCGAUGUUUUUGCUGCAACAGCAGGCGAUGGCCGCCGCGGCCGCAGCUGCUGCCCAACAACAAGCUUCUCCGCAGCAGACCAACGUCGCCCAGCUGAACGUCCUCGCAUUUUUCCCAUCUACAAACGCAUUG